UUGACGUCACGCCGCCAGUUAAAGGGGCCGCCGGAAAUCCGCUCGGCGCUGUGUGGGUUUCACCUCUGUGCUCGGUGACAUCUGAGUCGUUAAUUAAUUCUGAUUUAAUAUUUACAUUGAUAGAAAAGAAGAUGCAUAAAAAAAUGAAUAAAUAAGAAGAUAGUAAAUAAUAAAAGAUACGGGUGAUCGGUUCUGUGUCAUUUUGUGAGACGUUCAAGGCGCCAGAAUGCAAGAAGAAAACAUCUUCCUGUUCGUGCCCAACCUAAUAGGUUACUGUCGGAUCCUCUUUGCCUUUGUGGCCUUUGCUUUCAUGCCCACAAACCCUCUGUUGGCCGCCUUCUUCUACCUGCUAAGUGGUCUGCUGGAUGCCUUUGAUGGACAUGCAGCCCGGGCGCUCAAUCAAGGUACAAAAUUCGGAGCCAUGUUGGAUAUGCUGACAGACCGCUGUGCCACGAUGUGUCUUCUCGUCAACCUGUCCCUGCUGUACCCUCAGUACACCAUCCUCUUCCAGCUGAGCAUGUCGUUGGACGUCGCCAGCCACUGGAUGCAUUUGCACAGCUCGAUCAUGAAGGGGUCCAGCAGUCACAAGACCAUCGACCUGUCGGGGAAUCCUGUGCUGAGAAUCUACUACACUUCACGGCCGGUGCUCUUCUUCAUGUGCGCAGGCAAUGAGCUCUUCUACUGCAUGCUGUACCUCCUGAGUUUCUACGAGGGGCCCUCAGUGGGUGGCAUGGGCCUUUUCAGGGUGAUCUUCUGGGUGAGCACACCCAUCGCCAUCAUGAAGUCGGCAAUCAGCCUCCUGCACCUCAUCACGGCUUCAAGGAACAUGGCGGCAAUCGACGUGGCCGAACGAAAGAAAAUGUAGGAGUGAGGAGUGGAUGCUGGAGAGCAUCUUGGGAAGACUGGCGUCGGGUCUCUGGAGUGCGGCUCUUGAGGGUCUCGGGGUGGCAGAGGUCGCCCUGUGGGUUCGAACGCAUGGCCUGACAUUGUAAUGUUGCCGCCGUGUCAGGCCAUUAUGUUGGAACGAUGCAUGGGGCGAUGGGGUCCUUCUGUACAGUCUUCUGCCUGCCAUGCUGACGGCCAUUUAGAUGUCACCUUCGUAAUUAUGUUAACCAGGGUGACGAUGGCCUGCCGCAGACCCUGCAGAAUCUCAGUCUUGGCCGCUUUGUCCCUGCGAAUGGCAGCCCCUUUGUGUAAAUUUACGAUUAACUGUGUCAUGAGAGCAAUAAAGAUCACUGCCUGGA